AUGGAAGGAAUUAAUCUGGAAGGUUUCAUUUAUGAUUGUUCACAGAAUGCUAUACGAACAAUUUAUUGCUCUGUAAUUGGUGAAGUUUACAUCGAUGAAACAACAGAAGUAAUCAGCAGAAGUAGGAAGCCAAAUGUUGGAAUGUGGUGCAGUUUUAGAGCAUCCUACCAGAAAAAUGGAAGAUGGUUUGCCCGAAAGAUUAUAUUAAUGGCAUAUCCACGAUUGAAAUGUAUUGUUACAGAGGAUAGUUGUAUUGUUAAAGGAACAGCAGUUGUAUGUAAUCUGAACGGUGAUUCUGGUUAUCUCUGGAAUGACUGCAUCGGUUUGAUUGCAAUAGAAGGGCAGGUCGUUUACCAACUAAAACCAUUAACUGCUGUUGAAUUUCAAGCAGUACCAUUCCGGAAAAAUGGUACACCAGCCUAUUUUUCGGCUAAAGAAAUCAAUGUCGAAUCCCAAAGUAUAUUUCAAUCCGAAAUUCUGAUUUUCGUACAGAAAGCCGAGAUAAAGGCAGAUGGUCGAGCCUUUGUAUCAGAUUGUGCUAUCACGUUACUGGAUAUAGCAUAUUCUGCUCGGCCCAUUGUGGGUACAACGAUGUCGAUCCUUUAUUACAGAGCGUACAAUGAUGGUGCUUCUGGCAUUGGUAUUUAUGCAACCAAUGAUAGUAAUGCUGUUGCUGGAAUUAGAGACGAUUUCUUCACAACUAAACGAUAUUUCGAAACUUGUACUGAACGAACAGGAGUUGAACAGUUUGAGGACGCCCGUGAAAAUCUGAAUAUAACAUCAUCAGACCAAUCAUCAGUUAUCGAUGAUGAAAUAUCCGGUAUACAAAUUGAUAUAUCCGAAUCACUAAUUGGGAGCAAUAUAGAAUUUGCGGAAGCCGGCGGCAAUAAUCCUUCUUCAAAAGCGGUUGUUCCAUUAGCUGAUGAUAGCAAUCAUUCGAUGAAUCAAUGUUUCGAAUCGUGUUCAUCAUUUAAUUCUCUCAUCCUGAACAAUAAAUUGGAUUCUGGUGACAAGUUUUCCUUCAACACAUUCGCUAAAGAGGAAAUGGUUGAUCAAACGGUUAUGAUUUGUAAUGGUGAUUCCGAAUUUGCCAGCUCGUCAAAAGACAAUGUUCCAAUUGAACUAAAAAAAGAAUUCAUGGAAUUAAGCGAAGAAGAUAUAUGGGAUAGCAAAUUUAUUGAACAUAUAUCACAUAAAAUGAAGGACGUGCAACGAACUCAGGGUGAAAAUGGCGAAAAAUGUAACGAUAUCAAUAGAUUGAUCGAUCAGUCUCAGAAUGUUAGUGAAAACAAAAAGGAAGAAUUUCGCGAUGAGUCGAAAGAUCAUGCAGAGGAAAGCUGGGCAUCAACGCAACAUACACAAAAUAUUGGAAUUGAGAUGAAAGAUGAUGUUGGCUGCAGUCCGAUACUUUCUGUCACCAACCAAACUAUGAGUGGGAUGGAUUCAAAGAUGUUAACAAGUCUAGAAGAAGACAUCUCUGUCGCAAAGGGUGCUAAUAAAUGGAUUGAAGAAGUGAAUGAACUCUGCGUAAAAGUGCUUUCAAAUGCCCGUCUUCGUAAUUUUGUAAGCGUGAAUGAAAAUGGAAAUGCUCUUCUUCGUGAUAUAAUGCAUUAUCUAAAACAAAAAAUAACGAUACAGGAGGUGAAUGAGGAACUUGGAAUUCCGCUUUCUGAAGUAACGCCUGAAUGUUUCAAUAUUGUGCUUGAGGAACGAGCGCUUGAAAUAUGUCGAAAAUUUAUGGAAAUGAACGGUUUUGAGCGAAUUGCCAACAGUAGAAUUCCAAAAAUACCGGAAGAAAUCAGGAAAGGUUGUUCAUUCUAGUAUUGUUCGACAAUUCCAGCAUAUGAAAAAGGUUUGAACUAUUCGAUUCAUCCGAUAAAAGUGAUCUGUCAUAGACUGAGUUCGUUGAGGUUUCGAGAAAUGCAAUAUGCACAAACCUAAACCGAUGAAUAGUGGAUUAACAUUAUUAAGCUCUGUCGAUAAUAUCCUGUCAAAAAAUCUCACCAAA